AUGAAAAGCAUUCACUCUUUGGCUGGAUUCCUGCUCCUCAUCAUGAUUCAAAGCAGCUGGCAGGUGCCUGACCAGGACUCAGACCGAAACCAAAUGCUAUUGGCUGAAAACUCCAUGCUGGCCGAACCCAUUGAGCUCCCAAACAUCAAGAGGCAUUCGGAGGGAACAUUUUCCAACGACUACAGUAAAUAUCUGGAGACAAGAAGAGCACAAGACUUUGUCCAGUGGCUAAAGAACUCAAAAAGGAAUGGCGUAUUUAGACGCCAUGCAGACGGCACCUACACCAGUGACGUGAGCUCCUACCUGCAGGACCAGGCGGCCAAGGAGUUUGUGUCCUGGCUGAAGACCGGCCGAGGCAGAAGAGAGUAA